GAGCCGCACUCCCGCUCCGCACCGGCGGCCGCCCCGGAGCCGCUGCCCUCACCAUGGUAAGUGCGGGACGGGGCACCCCGAGACGGUGCGGGACGGGACGGGACGCGGCGCUCGGAUGGGGCGCGGGGCGGCGGGACGGGCUCUGAGCCGCGCGGCGCCUUCGCAGCCCGUUCCCCUCUCGGGGCUCCGUCGGAGCGCGGAGGGCUGCGGGGACAGCGGGGCUUUGUGGGACGGAGCGCCGCUCAAUCGCGGAUUGUUCGCCCGCGGAGCGCCGCGCCGCUCUGUGCUGCCAUUGUCCCGCGCCGCCGCGCGGCUCCGUGGCAUAAAGGGGCGCUUUAUCCCGGCGUUGGCUGCCGAACAAUGGGGCCUGGGGGUGUUUUCUAUUAUUGUUCUUUUGUUUGCUCGUUUGAAAAGCGGCUCAGUGCCGCCCGCCCGCAGCUGCCGCCCGCAGAACAGCGGCCCCGGGCACAGCCGAGCCCCGCACCCACGGCCCGAGCGGGACGCGGCGGUGCGGGAGCGGCAGUCCCGGGUCGGACUCGCAGCUCUGCUUCUCGAGGGGCGAUGGGAGCCCCAACCCCACCGGGGGCGGCGAACGGGGAGCGUCGCGCCGUCCCCUUCCGAGCGGAGCCCCUUCGCCGCGCGUUGGGAGCGGCGACGGUUCCGCGUACCCCGCACAGCGGCCGCCCCGGGGCAGGCGGUGCUCCGUGCCCGGCGGGGAACCGCUCCGCACCUCCCGGCCGCAGGAGGGAGUAAAGGAUGGAGAGGUUACUUCUAAGAGCCGCACCGCCCGCGGCCGCUUUCACUUUCGUGUUCGGCGGUGGCAGCGCGGCCGCUGCUGCCGGAAGCGAUUUGCGCCGCUGCGCGUUGGGAGGAGCCCGGAGGGGCUGCGAGGCCACGGCGCGGUCCGUCCGAACCCCGCCCGGAGCGGCCGUUCCCGGAGCCCCGAGCGGCGCUGCACCGCGGGUUAUCGGGGCCGCCGUCCGCGAGAUUCGAUUCGCCCCUGCAGGCGGAGCUGCCCGCGCCGCUGCGCUGUGGCACCUCGGGGCACUUCGGCUCCUCGGGCCGCGGCCGCUCCGCGCUGUGACGAACAGAGGUUUCUCCAAGAAGAGCCACCCGUUCCUGCCGAAAAUAUUCCGGAAGAUGUCCGCCCAGGCGGCCAAAGAAAGGCCCGACAGCCUUCGCUUCCCCUUCCUCGAUGACGAGGAGACCAUCGCCACGCUCAGAGAGUCCAAAACCUUCUUCAUCCUGAGAGGCCUUCCUGGCAGCGGGAAGUCCACGCUGGCUCAGGCCAUCCAGGAGCGGUACAGAGACGGCUGCAAAGUCAUCGCCGCUGAGAACUACAAAAUCACACCCGCCGUAAGGAGCGGCGUUCCGGAAGAGUAUGGCAAAGUGGACGAGGAUUUAGUUGAAUAUUGCAAACGAGACGUCAGCGUUAUCGUUUUGGAUGACACUCACCAUGAAAGGGAACGACUGGACCAAAUCUUUGACAUUGCUGACAAAUACCGCUACAAAGUCAUCUUUGCGGAGCCCAAAACCCAGUGGAGGAUGGAUUGCGCGCAGCUUAAGGACAAGAAUCAGUGGAAACUGACGGCCGAAGACCUGAAGAAGAUGAAGCCGAGUUUGGAGAAGGAGUUCCUGCCCAUGUAUUUCGGAUGGUUUUUGAGCAAAAGAAGCUCUGAGAUCCUGAGGAAGGCCGGCCAGGUGUUCUUGGAUGAGCUGGGAAGCCUCAAAGCCUUCAAAAAGGAGAGCAAAUACUUCACUUCUGAAGAUCCCAAAAUAAAAAUAGAUCUCACCAGCUACUUUGUGAAGAGGCCGCCCGGGGUCUUACACUGCACCACCAAAUACACCGACUUCGGGAAGGCAGCGGGGGCUGAGGAUUACGCACAGCAGGAGGCUGUCAGGGCUUCCUACGGCAAAGGCUUCACUUUGUCCAUUUCGGGUCUGUUUGUCACAACCAAAACUGUUGGUGCUCGCGUGGAGCUGAGCGAACAGCAGCUGCUGCUGUGGCCCGGGGAUGCCGAUAAGCUCCAGGCAACCGACAGCCUCCCGAAGGGCAGCCGCGCUCACAUCACCCUCGGCUGCGCCAGCGGGGUGGAAGCCGUUCAGACUGGGAUGGAUCUGCUGGAGUUCGUGAAACUGGAAAAGGCGGGGAGCAAAGGGGAAGAAGUGGGGGAAAUUGGAGGAGGGAAGCUGCAGUAUUUUGGGAAUGGGAUGUGGAUGCUCACGCUGUCCAAAAAGAUCGAUGUGAGGGCCAUUUUCUCGGGUUACUACGGAAAGGGGAAACUCGUGCCUACACAGAGCACCAACAAACGGGGCUCCGUGUUCAGUUCCUGCACCAUCAACUAAGAGCACAGCAGGCAUCGCCCCCGGGGGCUUUUAGGAGGAAAGUAACUCGGUAACCUUUAAAACUGUAAAGAGAAAUAAUUCCGCCUUUACUAAGCAAGCCCUUCUGCCAGCCUCAGACCGAAACGUCUCUGCGGAGACAUUUAUUGGCCUCGGUUAGAAAACAAGCAGCUCCAGGAGAGCUGUCGGAUAACCCUCAGUAACCACAGCACCAUUGAGUACUUCUGAUGGGAGAGUUGGGGCAGAACCAGCUCUCGUGGGGCCCUGCUUGUUUUCUUCCUCAGAGGAGGAUCUCCUGUUGUCUUUUAUAACGCCCCUAUGAACCACAAUCGUUAGAUCUGUACACGUCAGUACUUCACCGUUGAGCAGUGGCAGAACAGAGCCUGUACAGAACUGCUGAGGCCCAACGAGCUGCACGCCCUCCCCCGCUCCAGGCGGACAGACAGACAGACAGAAGUGCUGCAAACCCGGUGAAAGCCGACCCGCUCAGCGCCCACUGCUGUCCGGCAGAGCAGCGCCCAGCAGCUCAGUGCAGAAGGGAUCGCGCAGCAGCCACACACCUUCUGCCCCACUGUGCUGUUUGUGUGCAGAGCUGUCAGCGCAGGGAAGGGCUGUGCUGAUGGGCACACGGAGGCGCAGUGCCGGGCGAUGUCUGGGAGCCAAACUGCAGCCACGGGGAGGAAAUCACAGCAAAGGAACCAGUUUUAAGGAGCUCCAUUCAGUAACAGCUGCGGUCGCUCAGGAUGGGCUGCAUCCAAUGCUGCCAGCACCACUGUUCUGUAGGGAGCAAUCUGCCUUGGCGGGGAAUGGAAGAGAUGAACUAAUGUCUUUUCCAUCUUAUUUUGUAGAAACUAAAAUCGUGUCUGAAGUACAGAACUGUACUUCAAGCAAGAUUUUACUAGCUUUAGCUAAUGCACUGAACGUAGGAUGGAAGUAACACUGUAAUCUAGGAAGUAAAGGGAGGUAUUGUAACUGCGUAACUCAAGCCUGCUCCAACCCCAGUGGUGGGCUGGAAAGAAGUUAAUGAUCGAGCACUGCUGUUAUUAAGUCUGUGUUAUUAAAGCCGAUGUUUUUGCUCUUAGAUCGUUUGCAGUGGGCAGAUCUGUGCUCACCGCUCCGUAACACAAACCCCAACUAACAGAUUCAGGUCAGGACAGCAGCCCCAACCGCGGCUCUGCGCUGCACCCACAUUAAUACAUGGAAAUACUCACUGUGUCCCGCAGCGGUGUUGGGUUGGUGUCUGUAUAGCAGCGCUCAGUGCUGCGGGAGGCGUUUCCCCUCCGGGCGCUCAGCUCAGCAGCAGGGAGUUGGGUUUGGGGUAGGGGCGCUCCGGGGGGGCGCGGGCAGCGCUGUGUGAGUCCAGCAGUCAUUUAAGAAAGAUGACAAUAAAUUCCCAUCGAACACCGCCACCAAAAUCCACGUCUACGCCCCGACUUCCAUCCAUCCUUCGCCUCCCCCAGCUGAACACAACUGCUGCGCCAGCAGAGCUGUGAGUGCCUGCAGUGCAGCUCAGCCCUCCCAGCACCGACCCUCCGCAGUCGUCCCCUCCGACCCCACACCGCCGCGGUGCUCCCGAGCACAGAGCUGCGCCGCCCCCCGCAGAGCCGCGCGAAGAACAGCAGCAGCGACGCCGUCCUCAUCCACCUUUUUAUUAGUUUGUACAUCAUAUACAGUUUAUAAUAAAGUAAACCAAUUGCAUACGG